AAGGAUCAGCCCAUUAAACCGAGAUUGGCUCGGCUUUUCGUUUUGACCCCAUAACGGAGAGAUUCUCCUUGCCUUUCCAAGCUGCCCCAUCCUUGACUGAACUCAGGAAAGCUAAGCCUGGUUUUCUACACGGAUAGGAGACCACUAAGAGAUCCCAGAGCAGAGGAGGAAGUUGAAAUCCGAACCCAAAUUUGUGAUACCCCCUUAAAGGUGGAUGUUAUUCUGAAUUGGGAUGGGGGGGGGAGAAAGAGAGGGACGUGGUCCAGAUUUCUCUUCCCACCCCCCUGAAUCUGGAUCCAAAUUGCAGAACCAUGAUUAAAUGCAGGGUUUUGGGGGCUGAAUUUUAUUCGGACCCGCUCACAAACCCACUCUUUGCUCCGUGCAGAAGUGACAGGGCCCGCUGGAUCAGCGCAUUAAUGCACCGAGAAGAAAAAGAAACCAGCACAGCAGAAAAAGGAGCACUCCAACAGGUAGAGCUCACCAGAGCCUAUUUGGCUAAGCAGUCGGAUGAGAUUUCACUCCAGCAGUCCGACGUCGUCCUUAUCCUGAAUCAGGAAGAGGGCUGGUAUUUGGGGGAACGCCUGCGGGACGGAGAGAAGGGCUGGUUCCCGCAAGGCUGCGCCCAGGAAAUCACCAACCGCAACGCCGUUGAACUCAACGUCCAGCGCCUGGAACGGUUGCGCAUCGAGACCGACGUGUGAUGGCGGAAUGGGUCCCGUCUCAACCCGCUCGGAGGCCAGAGCACCCGAAGGUACUUUUAAGGGCCAGGGAGUUGC